UCUGCGCUAGCCAGCUAAACAAACAACUGACUGUUUAUGAACAGGUUAUGCUUGAUCUAGUCUAGGUAGCUAUCACAACUAGACAUUUCGCUAUGCCACGGAGAAGGAGAACGCCCUUCAGGGGAUCCGGGGAUGGAGCUCCGAGAAAAGUUCAUCGCACCGAAAAUGCGGGAGAGACGUUGGUCAUCUCUGACUCCGAAAAUGAGGAGGAAGAUGAUGUCCCCAGGUCGUCCUCACGAGCGUUGCGGUGGCGCGAGAGAGAAAGCAGAUCCCAUGUGCAAGAAAUGACAGAAGAUGAGAUGUUGAGUCUGGCGAUGAGACUGAGCGAACAGGAGGCGAACAGUGUAGCGCAAAGACGACAGCAAGAGGACGAUGCUAUGAAGAAAGCUAUCGCGGAGAGUCUUCAUGUAAACAACGAUCAAGUUUCAGAGGCCAACCAAGAGGCAGACAGCGAUAACCUCCCGCCCGAUGCGGCGACUGGUAGACCUCACCUUCGACGUAAGCUCUCUUACCCCAGUCAGUGCGAGGAUCUGGAUGCUCCCGGCGCUGACAACAGAACAUCAGGGACUCCAAGCGGAUUGGCCGAGAGGGAAGAGGACAGUUCCCUCCUACCGAUGCCGGACCUAUCACAGACUUCCUCGCAGUCUGCCCCUCAGAGCUCAGCCAAUCACGCAGUGCCUUGCACAUCCUCAGAACCAGACCACAGGUCCUCCCAGCUGACGGACUUGGAUGGGGCUUCGCCGUGUGGAAAAUCUCAGGAGGUGGAGGAGGAGGAGGAGGAGGAAGUGGAGGAGGAGGAUGGAGUCUCCCAGAUCUCCUCCCAGCCCAAGUCUCCUGUUUUCCACAGUCAGCGCGUGCCUCUGUCCCAGCCCAGCGUGCGCAUCAAGAGACUGAGUCAGGACCUGAUUGGUAGCUGCCAAGCGUCAGGCUACGUGUUGUGCUCGCAGAGCAACACCCCCAGCCAGUUUUGUCCCAGCCAAUCGCAGCUGUCCCCGGCCCCGAGUCCGUCACCUCCCAAAAGCCCCGUGUUUACCGAGACCGACUCCAAAAGGGCCGAGGAGAAUUUCUGCGGCGACGAAGGGAGACCCGGGGUCUCGCCGGGGGAGGUGACCGUCAAAAGGGGCCUGUCGGAAGACGAGGGGGACGCAGACGAAUCCUCAAGCCAUAAAAGUGCGCCUGUCGAAAGCGGAGGUCCGCGAUUACCUUCGGGAAAAAUCCUGCCACCGACCCAGAGACGUACACCUGACGGAACUGACCGCGCCAGUUUGGAUGUUCGUGAGCGGGCCGACCCAAAGCAGAUCAAGGACGAGUCUUUGCACGGAGGUUCGGAGGAAGCAUGUAACUCGGACACGCAGCCCCCUGACGACACGCAGCCCCCUGACGACACGCAGCUCCCUGACGACACGCAGCCCCUCUCAGAGAUUUCUAGUCACAUGGUCUUGCAUUGGUCAGACAACGAGGAUGAGGAUGACGAUGACGAAGAAGAUGUCUCGGGCAAGGUUGCUUCUUCGUCCAGUCCAGUCUUUCCAAAGGAUACCGCCCCACAACUGGACAAACGAAAACUCUCCCCAACCUUCGGCCCUCAGGAACCCACCUGUCGCUCUUUUUCACCAAGCUGUUCGUCAAACGGCCCAGAGAGGAGCAAACUCAGGCCGGUGCGGACCAAGUUCUCCUUCCCCGGCAUGUACGCAGCCAGGCCGAAACAGACGGAAGUUUCCGGAAAGGCGUCCGAGCCCCCGAGAGGCGGGCGGGGCGAGGGGACCGUGCUGUAUUACUGGGGCGUUCCGUUUUGCCCGCGGGGCCAGGACCCGGACAUGUACACCCGCGUGAUCCUGUCCCAGCUGGAGGUGUAUGAGAAGAGCCUGAAAGAGGCGCAGAGGGGACUCCUCCGAAAAGCCGAGUGGGGUUCGCCUAUCUUGCCUGGUCCGGCAGAGAGGCCGCUCUGCAGGAAGAGACUGAAACGCCACAGACCCAGUCAGCCGCUGGAUGACGACGACGGCGACGGCGAUGAUGAUGAUGAUGCGGAGCGAGGAGGAAGAGGAGAGGAGGUGAUAGUGGAGGAGGAAGAGGGCAAGAGACCGGCGUCACGCUGCAACUCGGAGGACAGCGCGAGUCGAAAUUACGUCGUGUUGUCCUCCCCGGAGACGCAGGAGCAAAAAUCCCCUUUUUCUGUUCAAGAGGAGUCCACUGAAGCACCAAACACUGUCAGAAGGCGUGAUGCUCAAAUACAGGUGAUCGAGGAGCAGGAGGAGGAGAAACGUAAAAAUGAAAGAGAAGAUGAGCCGGAGGACACUGUUUGUCCAGAGACUCAGAUGACUGAAGACAGCACCCCAGAGCUGAUGGUCACCAGCCCCGCCCAGUCACCGUCGCGGGCGGAGAGUGACGGGGGCAUGGAGGUGCUGGAGGAGGGUGGAGAAGACGAGAAGAUGGAGGAGCAGAGGGUGGAGGACGAGGAGGUGGUUCCGAGGUCUCCUCAGAUCCACGUCCAGAGGGUGGAGUGCCCGAUGUGCAUGAGACUGUUCCCCCUGUCCAGGAUCGAGGUGCACGCCGCCUUCUGCGACGGGGCCAUCGAGCAGCAGCAGGACAGCCAAUCACGAGUCAUCCCUCGCAGGAAGACGGUGAGAAGAGUGGAGAUGAUUGAAGAAGAGGAACCCAGAUCUUCAGCUUCUGAGAACAGUGCGGGCGUGAGAGAAAAGUGCUUCCUGUGUCACAGGAAGUUCCACGUUACGGAUUAUCGGCGGCAUGUGGACGAGUGCCUCCGGCAGACCGAGGAGCGUGGCAGGACCAAGCAGGGAAACGGACUCCUCACAGCCCUGGACCAGACGGAACAGGCGCACUUCGAUGACGACGGCGCCGGCGGUGCUGUGGCCGGACCAUCUGAUGCUGCUGCCGCGGACCGACGCGGUCUGGUGGAGCAGAUGGAUACGGAUGCAGACGUCGGAGACGGAGACUCGAUGGGAAUCGGCUAUGGGAUCAGCUCUUCUCCCAUCAGAUCCUUCACCCCCAUCUCUGAAGCGACGGACUGUCUCGUCGACUUCAGACAACAGUCCUCCGCCAAACCCAGCCAGAGAACAGGACGCAAAAGAAAAUAUAAGAGAUAGCAUCUACUCUGCAAACACAGCCGCCUUCAGAUUUUAUAUCGAACCUCCUCUCUCUCUCUCU